AUGCUUGUCUUGACCUCUCUACUACUACUGUGGCCUGCGCUUCAUUGCUCUGCUUUGUCAAAGAAAGAUGCCCGGGUGAGAACGAAACUAACCAAGCAGCUUCCUCCCGGAGAAGUCUUCAUUCAAGAUGCGGACUACAAUGCUGGUAGAUACGGGUACUACGUUAGCCAGACCUUCAAGUCGACGAAUGUCACUGCUCCUCGGGUGAACAUGCUGAAGCCCUUCACGAACUGUGAUGAUGGCAGCUUUCUUUUCGUCACUCCAAGAGGAGUGGCAACCGAGACUCCAACCGCGGCCAUUCUGGAUGCAUCAGGAAGUCUAAUAUGGACACCCAACGCCUACUUCGGACAGAUCUACAACUUUCAAGUCCAGGACUACAAAGGCGAAUCAUACCUAACGUUCUGGGGAGGCAAUGAUAGCGUUGGUGGCCAUGGUUCAGGCCAUUACUACAUGUACGAUCAGAACUACCGGCUCGUUCGCAAGAUAUCGGCGGCCAAUGGCCUCGGAGCGGACCUCCAUGCCUUCACGAUAUUGGAAAACGGCAACGUCCUGUGCACUGUCUAUGAAAAGACUCCAGUGGAUCCGCAAGUCAUUUUCAACCACAAAGCCAUCGCUUCGACCUUCAUGUGGGAUUCGCUCUUUCAGGAGUUCUCUCUUGAGACUGGAGGAUUGGUCUUUCAAUGGCGAGCCUCCGAAUUUCUGUCCCUAGAUCUCUCAUACGCAGACAAGCGACCUGCGACAUCCAAAGAGCCCUGGGACUGGUCCCACAUCAACAUGGUCGAGAAAGACGCAGCUGGCAACUACCUGGUAUCUUUGCGCCAUCUUCGCUGCAUCGUGUACGUUUCGGGCUCGACCGGUGAAGUGCUUUGGAGGCUUGGUGGCAAGGACAGUUCUUUCACGGACUUGUCUGGCGGCGAGGCUUCUCUGAUGGUUGGUCAGCACGAUGCUCACUGGGACGAAGGCCACCGCUUCAUCACAUUCUUCGACAACAGGGCGGACUGGGCUUUCGAGCUGGAGCAUGUCUCUAAAGGACGUAGACUCGAGGUGGAUCUCAAAGAAAUGACAGUGAAGGUCAAUGCGACGUACGUCCAUCCGCGGAAAAUCUUUGCCUUCUCACAAGGCUCCUACCAGACUUUGCCAAACGGGAAUGUUCUGAUCGGCUACGGCUACUCAGCUGCCGUGACCGAGUAUGCACCUAAUGGCACAGUCCUCUGCGAUGCUUAUCUCCAGCCCUCCAGCCGAUUCUCUUCGGGAGAUGUCCAAAGCUAUCGCAAUCUCAAGUUCAACUGGACCGGAACACCAUUGACACCGCCUGACGUCUUUCUGGAGGGCAAGAGCUUAUUUGUCUCUUGGCUUGGUUCGACGCAAGUCCGGAGCUGGGCACUUCAAGAUUCUUCCUUCAAGGACGGUAGAUUUAGGCCUGUGCUUCAUGCGGAGAAGACGGGCUUCGAGACGCAGAUCAAGCUGCCUUCA